UGCACGAGUUUUGAUUAUUAAGCGUUUCUGCUUAUUUCCGUCAUAUUUGCUUGCUUAUAUGCAAAAGAUCAUCCACCCAAGUCCGCCGAGUGCAUCUCAAGAAAAAAUUUUGAACUCGUUAAAUCAAAAAAAGACUGAAAUGAAUAUGGAAAGUAUUCUUGAAAGCUUGAAGAAAACUGCAUCACAUUACCGAAAUAUCAACUUUGUUUUGAUAACGAUUGUGUUUUCUCUUGACUCAUCUUACUUUGCAAUGACAAAAAUUCUCAUCACAUCGUUAAUGAUGAAAACAUUUCCAGAUAUACCAGAGUCACUCCCAGGAAUAAUCAGAAUUGUUGGCAACAUACUUGCUGUUUUCUUCUCUUUAGCUGCUGGGCCGCUGUUGGAUAGAUUAGGACGUUACAAAUUAUUCUGUGCUUUGCCUAUUGCUGGACUUAUACCAAGCUGCAUUUCUAUAUUACUCGCACAUCAUUACAAGUGUCUCACAGCUCUCAUAUUUUUGUACCCGUUAACCAUGGGACUGCGUGGAUUUUCUGAGGUAACUCUUGUGGAAUAUUUGACGGAAGUUACGUAUCCCGCAGAAAAAAUCACAUUGAUGUGUGCUCAUUAUAUACCUUCGCUCGUGUUCCAGAGUAUUUUUAUCGUGGUGGAAAGAGUUUUGAUGGAGACUUACGAUGAGACUAUUGCAAUAUUGGUACCACUAACUGCAUCCGUGAUUUCUCUUCCCAUGCUUAUGGCAGUAACUUCAAUAUACCGCAGGUCGGACGUUGACAAUUCUGAGGAGACUACUCUUGUAACCAAUCGGACUAGGAAGUGAUGUAUUGAACAACAAUAAUGAGAACAUGAAAAUAAGUGCGCAACUGUCAUCAAAACCGAAGCAUCAACUAUAUCUGAAGCAAAAAUAUAUCAAGAUUGAAUAGAAUAUUGCGAAUCUUUAAGAAAAAUUUUAAUAUUCAUUAAAAGAAAUAAUAUAUCCACACUAAGCAAAGUUGGUAGGUAUAUAUAUAUAUAUGUAUGGCCGCUAUUUACGAGAUUUAUUCCCACGAAAUAUGUAGAACGAUGUUUUGCAUGGACAUUAGGAGCCGUGUAUCCCGAGGAAAAUAUUUGAAUUAGUCAUAGUCGUAAUCAAGGCGAUGCUGUUUCAUCCAAGUGCAUGUAUUUGAAAAAAUUAUUUGGUUAACCUUCCUCAUACCCGAUAUAAACUGUUAAACGGAAAAGAGCACGCUGUCUUAUCGAUUUUCUGGUCCCUGGUUGGUAUAACUAUGUAAAUCCUAUUUUUAUCCCUCUACGAUGAUCUUAUGAGUCGAUUUUAUUACUUUGGGACAAUUUUGCGUUGAAGUUGUUAAAAUGAUGAUUGUAUUUUCAAGCAUAUACUUGAUCACAAACUAUAGGUUACUCAAGAAAUGCACCGAGGGAGUAUAAGCUACGAUAAAACCGACCCUUGUUUUCCUGUUUCACCAAAGCUGAUAUUGGAUCAAUUCUCCGAUUUGAGCUUUAAAUUUUUAACUUACUGUAGAAGGUGUUUUGAAGUAAAACUACGGACCAACUUUGCUGACCUGUUUUUCCCUGGUCGGCUUAGCGCGAACAUUUUUGUUGUUCCGAAAUACAAAUAAAGUUAGUAUCGAAAUCAUAUUCAUAAAGUAAAAACUAUAAAAUAACUCAGAUAAAAACAACAAAUGAUAUACAAUAUUCAAUAAAAUCAGAAAGUAUAGAAAAUGAAUAUCGUAAUGAGAAAAGUCACAGUAAGUUCAAAACUUUGGUUGAGAGUUUUGCAGACAGUGCGCACCACGACAUCGCCACUUUAUACAUACGGAAAAGAUAGGUCCAGACAGGUAUCUUGCUUGCAAUCCAAACCGUACAAUCCAAAAGAUGAAAAACAUAAUAUAAUGUUUGAAUUUUUUUUACAAACAAAGCACUUAUAAGGUUCUUGGUGCGUCAAUGUCUUAUUGAAAUUGCUCGGCCAGCACUCUUUCACUAAACCUUUUAACAUAUAUAUCACAAAAAUAGGAUCUGAUCGUUUUAGAUAAUUCCAAAACCGGGACAAAGCAUUUAGAAUCUGGAAACUACACGGUGAGCAU